UGUCAAUCAAAGUUAAGUUAGCGCAAGCAGUGUCCCACACGAACAACAGGCGACCCCAAUCAUACGUCACCUCCCCUAUGUAAAAUUCAUACCGCAACUUCUCUCUCUGAUCACUUAAGUCUCUAAACCACUAAGUUAUAGUACGAUCCAAAUCCGCCAUUAUUUCCAACGAAAACAAAGGAGAAGAGAUUAAUAAUACUGAAAACCACAAUGGAGGUAUAUACAAACCAAGACAUUUCUUCGGCGGACAUCCCCGUCAUUGACCUAAGUAACCAGGAGGAAAAGCUUGUGGCACGUGCGGUUGUAAAAGCGAGCGAAGAGUGGGGGAUUUUUCAGGUGGUUAACCACGGAAUCCCAACGGAGCUGAUAGGGCGGUUGCAAGACGUGGGAUCCCACUUCUUUGAGCUUCCGGAGUCGGAGAAGGAAGCUGUAGCAAAGCCAGAGGACUCCAUGGACAUAGAAGGAUACAUGACCAAGUACGAGGAUGCAGCUAGAAACGCAUGGGUCGAUCAUCUCUUUCACAGGAUCUGGCCACCUUCGAAAGUUAACUACAGAUUCUGGCCUAAAAACCCUCCUGAAUACAGGGAGGUGAAUGAGGAGUACGCAAGUCACAUGAAGAAGCUAGCAGAGAAAAUCAUGGAAUGGUUAUCAGAAGGGUUAGGGUUACAGCGUGAGGCGUUGAAGGAAGGUCUAGGGGGCGAAACGGUGGAGUAUCUGAUGAAGAUCAAUUACUAUCCGCCGUGUCCGGAUAUGGAUUUGGUUCUUGGAGUUCCUGGUCACUCCGAUAUCAAUGGUAUCACGCUCUUGGUCGCUAAUGAGCCCUUAGGACUCCAGGUGUUCAAAGAUGACCACUGGAUAGAUGCAAAGUAUACCACUUCUGGGAUCAUCGUCAUCAUUGGUGAUCAAUUUCUAAGGAUGAGCAAUGGGAAGUAUAAGAGUGUGCAGCAUAGAGCGACGAGGGAUAAGGAGAAGACGAGAAUCUCGUGGCCGGUUUUUGUGGAAUCUAACCUUGAUCAUGUCUACGGACCUUUGCCGGAGCUAAUUUCCGGCGACGAUGGUGCUCCCAAAUUUAAGUCUUAUGUCUAUAAAGAUUACAAAUUUCGUAAGCUUAAUUGGCUUACUCUUGACUGAGAAGAAAAUCUCAUAACCAAAAACAGAUGAGGUCAGAUCAUGACCAAUUGUUUCUUUAUUGGGUUAUUGCGUCUGCUUUGAUAACGAGUGUUGAAGUUAUUUUUCUAUAUUAUUUAUCAAGCUUAGCAUUGUGUAUGUGGUGUGUUGUACGUAUUUUAAAAUAAUCAAAUUUGGAUUGUAACGUUUUAAUCGCAUUAUUUUAUCUA